GAAAGGCACUGACUGCCUCCUGUGGCCACUGCCUGACUUCUGACUGCUACCUACUGCACUUUACAGGACAUUUCCUAUACAGAUCUCUACUACCAGCGCACUAGUCCAUCACAGAAAUCUUUUUUUACAAUCACGUCGAACAACUUUCACUGCAGAGAUCGCGAUUACCCUCUUGGAAAAAGGGAAAACCCUUCACAGGAAUCCCGCACAUCCAGAACCUUCACUCUUUUUAUUUUUUGCACCAGACCUUUUUAUCCCCCUGCACUAGCAAUGGCUCAGAUCCAUCACUGUGUCACCCUGCUACUCAUCUUGUGCUGCUCCGGGCUCUGUGGUGCCAUCCAGUGGCUUGGUCUCACUGUGAAUGGCAGCCGGGUGGCCUGGAAUGAGAGCGGACACUGUCGCUUGCUGGAUGGUUUAGUCCCUGAACAGUCUCAGCUCUGCAAAAGGAAUCUUGAGCUGAUGCAAAGUGUUGUUAAUGCUGCCAAACAGGCCAAGCUGACAUGCCAAAUGACCUUCUCUGACAUGCGCUGGAACUGCUCUUCAGUAGAGAAUGCACCAAACUUCACCCCUGACUUGAGCAAAGGUACCAGGGAAUCUGCCUUUGUUUAUGCUCUGGCCUCUGCCACUCUCAGCCAUACCAUUGCUCGUGCUUGUGCCUCAGGGGAGCUGCCCACAUGCUCUUGUGGUGCCACCCCAGCUGAGGUGCCCGGAACAGGCUUCCGAUGGGGAGGAUGUGGGGACAACCUCCAUUAUGGCCUUAACAUGGGCUCUGCUUUCGUUGAUGCUCCAAUGAAGUCAAGCAAGUCAGGAGGGACCCAGGCCACUAAAAUGAUUAAUCUACACAACAACGCAGUUGGCAGACAGGUACUUAUGGACUCACUGGAGACAAAGUGCAAGUGCCAUGGUGUGUCUGGAUCUUGCUCAGUGAAGACCUGUUGGAAGGGCCUCCAGGAUCUUCCCCAUAUUGCUAAUGAGCUGAAAUCUAAGUACCUUGGUGCCACCAAAGUCAUUCACAGACAGACUGGCACUCGGAGGCAGCUCGUUCCCAGGGAGCUAGACAUCAGGCCAGUGAGAGAGUCUGAGCUGGUGUACCUGGUUAGUUCCCCUGACUACUGCGCAAAGAAUCCCAAAUUGGGCUCAUAUGGAACACAAGACAGGGUGUGCAACAAGACCUCCGUUGGGAGCGACAGCUGUAACCUAAUGUGCUGCGGGCGCGGAUACAACGCAUACACGGAAACCAUUGUGGAGCGCUGUCAGUGCAAGUACUACUACUGCUGCUAUGUCGUAUGUAAGAAAUGUGAGCGGACAGUGGAGCGGUAUGUCUGCAAGUAAAGACAUAAUGAACUCCACACUGUACACUACUAAAGCACUGACAGCCCUCUAUGGUUCUGCAAACAGUCCUUCCCUGGCAGUGGGAGAGGCAGAGCUGGGACUUUAAACUUCUCUUCUGGAUUAAAGCUAGGGGAAGCCAAAUGCAGCUGGUCUGAUCUGCUUGCCCAUCAAUAUAUGGGCCCAGAGUGGCUUCCAGAAACUCAAGGACCAAGCACGACUGAGCCUUCUGAUAUGGAACUGCCAAGCCAUCCUCUUUAAGCUGAAUCUGGAUUUGUUGCCGGGUCAAGGAACCCAAGUGAUACCUCUGGUGACUGAAAAAAGACUGGUUGACAUGUAAUAAUAUGUAUUUAAUUGGCAUCAACAGACUGAACAUAUUUAUUAAUACACAUGACCCUCCUAUUAUAAUUUGGGGUUAUUCUGUUUCAGGGGCCAGGUUAAGAAGCCAGCAAUGUGACUUGCAACUUUUUUUCAACUUUUUUUUUCUUUUCAAAACAAACGUUAUUAUUGCUAAGUUUGACUGGAACAUAAGGCACAGAAAUUUGAAUCUGAUGUGUGUGUGUGUGUGUGUAAAGGAAUUCAGUGUUCACUUGGUUGACACCAAGGGAAUAUAGGACAUUUUCUAGCUGGUAAAUGUCUGGUCAAAAUAUGGCUGUUGUCCUGACCCAUGUCAUCAUGUUAGUGUUCUGCCAUCCUUUGUUUGGCAUAGAUUUCACUUUCAAAGCAAACAGUUAAUUGAAAACUCAUAUUUAAGGAGGAAGAAAACACCCCAAGCGGCCUCUGAUUUGAAUGGGAAGUGCCUAUCAGGGUAGGGCCCCUAUACAUUCCUGUUGCCCAGCAGUUACUGCACCUGCUUCUCCUGUUGCUACACUGAUGAUGAAGAGCCACAAUGUCUUAUAAUGAACCAAUAUCAUUGUCUCCCCCUGAUGAAAUGGAGUUAACAUAUCUGCCUGUGGAUUAAUGUUUUUAAGAUCUCCAAUCAGUGCUGGGAGUAGUAUAUUUAAUAGAUUCCAUUGAGGACAGUUGGUAACCUGUGUGACUUUUCCCAUAGAGAACAAGGAAAUCUGUUAUCUUCCUGCAACACAUACUGAGCUACACGUCUGUUGUGUGGCAGGGUAUAAAUGUAUUAACUUUCCAAUGUUUGACUUGAAAAAUACCACAAAAAAUUUCAGCUAAAAAACCAAAACCACUUAAUUGUGACUACUGAAAUGUUGCAUAGUAGCCAAAUUAUUUUGUGGUCCAUAUUGAAGAAAAAAUACGUGCCUGUAACAAUGGCUUUUUAAUAGCCCCUAGUGAGAUUUAGCAGAUUUCCCCCUCAUCCUCGCUUCUGACAAGUAGCAGGGGCCACAUUAGCAUUGACACCUCUGCCCUCAAACACACAACAGCAGAGGUGUCAGAUCUUCCUACUGUUCUUCCCUGGAGGCUUUGAAAUGAGAUUUUAGCCACUUGAGCUGUAUUUACAUGUAAAUAAAUCCUAAUCAAGGCAGACAUGGGCGUCCACAGAUAGGGGCAUGGGGGGGGGUGCAGUUGCCCCCACCCAGACUUGCACUUUAUAAUAAAGGGUAUUCUCUUGUUAUAUAUAUAUAUGUAUACAUUUUUUUUGUUUUGUUCUGUUUUGUAUAUGAGCACAUUUCUUGUGAUUACCUUUAAAUAAAUAAAAAAAUAAAU